GAAAUUAAUUGUGAUCGGAGAAAGUGAAAAACAUCUGUGAUAAAAACGAAUUUAGAUAGUUUUAAAAUAUAAAAAGAAUUUGCUAUUUGUGUUAAAUAAAAGUGGUAUAAAUAACGACGAUGAAGUUACCAUUUGGAAUAGUGUCAAUCCAACAGCGUUAUGUUGUCGUUGCUAUGAUGUUUUUUACACUGGCUGUGGUAUUUUCACUACGAGUAAGCUUUCCAAUAGUCUUGACUCAAAUGGUCUAUGUGCCGAAUGUCAAUCCAGAUGAAAGUCAUUUAACCAACAACGUGAUUAUUUGUCCUGUUCAAAAUGACACUGAAAGUGUUGGCAAACCAGAAACGGUCGUGUCAUUAUUGAUUAACAAUACCGAUCGUUAUCAAUGGUCGCAAAAGCUGCAAGGAGUAGUACUGUCAUCGUUUUAUUACGGUAAUAUCUUUUCUGAAAUUCCUGCUUCAAUACUUGUUCAACGUUACGGUGCAAAAAUUUUGCUAUUAACCUCACUCGCAUUAUCUGCACUCGUAACUAUAUUGACUCCGAUGGCUGUUGAAUAUGGUGAAGCUUAUGGAUUAAUUGCGACACGUGUUUUACUUGGCUUUGUUCAGGGGCCAAUUUUUCCAUGCCUUGCCGCAUUUGUUGUGCCUUGGUAUCCUGUUGAAGAACGCGGUCGACUCUGCAGCUUUGGAUAUAUUGGUAUAUCGGCUGGUGCAGCGUUGGCUAGUUUUGCAUCUGGCUUACUGUUACAUAACUUUGGUAGAUGGGAUAUUACUUUUUACUUUUUCACUGUAAUCCUGGUUCUUCUGUGGAUUUCAUUUGCAUUUUUAUGCUAUGAAAAACCACAAGAUCAUCCGUUCAUAAGUGAUGAGGAAAAAGAAUAUUUGCAACAAAAAAUCGAGCACUACGAAAAUGAACGAAGAAAUCUAUCGUCAACGCCGUGGAUAGCAAUUAUUAAAUGUUCACCAGUUUGGGCACUUAUAUUAUCAACCGCAUUAUACAGCUGGUCAUUCUCUAUCAUAAACACUGACCUACCGAAAUAUUUGAAUGAUGUACUUCAUGUCUCGAUCGAUAAAAAUGGAAUUUACUCAUCGGUGCCGAAAAUUUUGAGUAUCAUUGUAUCAACCGGUUCGGGCAUUGUGAGUGAUUUAUUGCUAUCAAAAUAUCAUAUCGACCGAACUCUCGUUCGUAAAAUAUUCGUCGUAUUGACUUCGAUAAUACCUGCUACGUUUUUAAUGUCUGCCUCGUAUGCCGGCUGUAAUGAACUGCUCGCAGUGAUUUUCUUCACAAUUUCGAUUUCAGCUCAUGGAUUCAAUUCAGUCGGUGCCGCCAUCAAUCUUUACGACUUGGCUCCAAAUUAUGUAGCACCUUUGAAUGCUGUUAUAAAUAGUUUAGCCACUUUUGUUGGUUUACUCACGCCCUUUAUCGCUGGCGUCCUUACACCAAAUGCGUUGUUGUCUGAGUGGCGAACGGUAUUUUGGAUAACUUUUUCACUUCAUCUGAUGGAAUCCGUUAUUUUUACAAUAUUUGGCAGUGCUGUUACACAAAAAUGGAAUUCGUCUUGAAAUUAAGAUAAUUUGGUAGUUCCCUUUUUAUAUGGUUUUUGGAUGUUAUCGCGAAAAUAAAUCAAUAGAAUAUA